UCACAAACAAAAUAAUUCAAGUGCCCAGCUUUGGAUUCGAGUUCAAGUUAAGCUUGCUGCCCGCUUGCUAGAAAGUGCACAAUGGAUACGUUGCAGUUGCCCGCAGCCGAAGAUCCGUGCCGAUUGUGUUUGAGAAAGUGUGACCCCCAAGCGUACGGACUGUACGUUAACUCUCCCGAUGGACUACUGCGGGAGCUGCCGAAAAAGAUUCUCGAAUGCAUCGCACUGGAAAUCUCCGACAACGAACCUCCGCUGUUCUCGAAACUGGUGUGCAGUGAGUGCAUCUGUAAGCUGGAUUAUUUCCACGAGUUCCGGGAGAACUGCCGCAAGUGUCAGGCAUUCUUUAACGAGAUGAUGCUCUUUUGCCAGGCGGAAACCGUUGCGGAUAGCGCACAGGAUAUCCAUCAGCAUCAUCCAGAUGUACACCAGCAGAUAUUGUCGGAAAUUAAUUUUGCCGGGCAUGAUUUCAUGCUGGACGGGAAUGCUAGCAAAGAUUACGAGUACAUUAUUCAAAGUUUAGAAAAGGAAGAUAUUUCUUUUACCGCUAAUGUUGAAGCUCUGAAGCUAAAAAAGGAAUUGGAAAUUUCCAUUCAAGAAAAUCAGCAUGAUAAGUUCAUUCCAAUAAUUGAACCAUCAGCUGGUGAACCUGUGAUACCCAGUGAAGAAACUUGUUUCAAUAAUUUGGAGGCGAUCGUUGAAUCCAUUGCGCAAGUGAAUGCAGCUUCCGGUUAUAUUAUAGAACAAGGACAAGGUCCAGAUGAUGAUCUGGAUUACGACGCCUUCGUUGGGAUUGAAACCGUAGACGACAAUCGCGAUGCCUCUAUUUCAGAGAUUCAUGUUCAGGAGAUACUUGAACAAGCGAUUCAACCUUCAGAGGAGAAUAUUCUACCGGCAAAUGAAGCAAAUGUUGAUAAUAUUAAGGAAGAGCCAGCGCCUGCCACUGAACCAGAACUGCCAGUUCAAACGGUUGAACAGAUAGUCCUUCCUACGCUUAACGACCGUACAUGUGAUAUAUGUGGAAAGGUUUGUUCCACGCGUACGAAGCUGAAGAUUCAUCGAAAUACUCACUUAAACGUCACUCCAUUUGCUUGCCCUAUUGAAAACUGUACUAAAGCGUUCAAGUCUAAGUCCGGUCUUGAUGAGCAUGUUGCCAAGCAUACCGGAAACUAUCCUCUGUCUUGCGGAAUCUGCGGGAAGGGAUUCGCGAAACAGAGCUACCUGUCGACACAUCAACGAGCCCAUUCGAACGAGCGCACGUUUCGGUGUAACAUCUGCAAGCAGGCAACCUUCAAGACCAAGCAAUCGCUGAUAGAUCAUAAGAACCGCCACCUGGGUUUGAAACCCUUUGACUGUGGCCAAUGUGAGAAGCAAUUUACGAAUCGUUAUCUUCUGCAGCAGCACGAACAGUCCGCCCACAGCGGGGUUCGCUUUCAGUGUCCGCAAUGCGAGAAGAGUUUUACGUGCAAAAGCUACCUGAAGGUUCAUCUGCGAAUUCAUAACAACGACCGGCCGUUUGUUUGUGAGGUUUGUCAAUGGGCCUUCGUCACACGGCGUGAUCUUGAGGUGCACAUGAUCGUUCAUACCGGGAGGAAGGAGUUUGUCUGUGAUGUUUGCGGAAAGGAUUUCUCCCGCUUGAGUGCGCUAACAUUUCAUCGUCGGACCCACGAGAGGCGACCGAAAGCUUUCUCCCCGGAAGAGGGAGUCAGUGGUGUUCAGUCGAGUAAGUUUUGA